AUGGAAAUCGCAAAGUCCCUCGUAAAGUGUGUAGCUCGUGCCUUUUACGAUACAAAGCAUAUUCUUGUCCUCGAUGCCCUCAUGAUCCAUAACGCUGUUCGCGAUGAUGAGCUGGGGAAAUUGUUGGGCUUUCAAUCUAAGGACUUACAAAAAUUAUGCGGGAGGCUGAAGGAAGAUCGCAUGCUCGCUGUGCAUAAUCGGCCAGAACAGAAGGAAGGGCAACAGCGACCGACAAACCGGACUUACUACUACGUUGAGUUCAGGAGCACAAUCGACGCUGUCAAGUAUCGCAUGCACGGCGUUGUCAAGGACGUGGAGAAGAAGAUGAAUAAGGACGCUGACACAAAAGGAUAUGUAUGUCCAUACUGCCAGAAGAGGUUCUCAAUCCUGGAUGCGAUGUCGGUGGCUCGCGAUGAGAUGGGGCUGUUUGUUUGCGAUCGGUGUAAUACUACACUUGUGGAUGACGAUGAUAGCGCCGAGGUCAAAACAAGUCAGGAGCGGUUGGGGAGACUAAUGGAGCAGAUGAAGAAGAUUAUUGAUAUGCUAAAGAUGAUUGACGAGAUCGUUGUGCCGGUUAAUGAUUUCGAGACCGCCAUUGCGAAUUCUGUUCCUGUGCCUCGAGAUAAGAAUCACCUCUACUCAGUCCCCGUCGCUGGGAAAGGCGCCACGAGCACCCGAAGCUCCGGAGCCCCUGCUUCCAUCGAAGUUUCUUUCACUUCCACCUCGGAGAAGACAGCUGCUGAGCUUGCCUCAGAGCAGGCGAUGAAGCAAGCCCAGGCUGAGAAGAACGCACUUCCGGUCUGGCACACCAAGUCUACCGUUGACCCCGGCGCUACGACCACCGCUGGGGCCAAGGAGGCUGCGGAAAGGGAAGCUCGUGCCCUCGAUGGUAUUGGAAUUGCGCAAAAGUCCAAGGAGGAGGAAGGCAAGAAAGCUGCUGCCAGUAACGGGGCGAAUGGCAUUCAGGCAGACGCUAUCGCUGAAUAUUAUGCCGCAUUGGCAGCCCAGAAGGCCAAGGAAGCCCAGGAGGAGCAAGAAGAUGAUGAUGACGACGAAGAGGAAGAAGACGGUGAGGAGGGGGCGCGGGGGAUUGGGGGUGGGCGGCACGAGGAGGAAGAAGAAGACGAGGGUGAGGACGACGAUGAGGACGACGAUGACGAAGGAAACUUUGAAGACGUUGUCAAUAGCAACGCUUUCACUCCUCCUACUGCUACGAAUUCAAUUAAGGUUAAGGAUGAUGACUCAGAUGAUGACUCCACGGCCCCCGCUGCUAAAAAACCAAGGCUUACUGAGACUGAGGACAAAGAAGAAGGCGGAGAAGAGGACUCCGAUGAGGAGGCUGACUUUGAGGACCUGAAAUUGUAGCUGGAACGAUCGACGAGAUGUGAUUUCUGCUGUCUCUCCAUGUUGCCUGAGUCUUAUCAUGUUUUUUUUUGGCACUUUCUCUCUUCCUGUUUUAGUACUCGAGUAGUCACUAUUUGUUUGUUAGAUUUGGGUAGGUCAGCGUAAUAGAAUAAUGUAUUAUAAAUUGCUAAUGGGAGCGACGGCUUAAAAUAAAUGGCUACUGUAUUCUGGCCUUGU